UGUUACUGCAGCAGUCGGCUGUUUUUGUCAUCGUGUAACACAGUGCCGCGCGCGAAAACGAGCGUCGUUUUCUCUUGUGUGUUUAUAUAUGAAUGUGCUGUGUAAAUAAAAAAACAAAUUACCACAAGACUCACGAAAGUGUUGGCUUUUUCUUUUGUGAUAUGAGUGUUGUGAACGAAAUUGUUGUGUUCGAGAGCUGCUGUUCGUGUACUUUAAUUACGUCUCUAGAGUGUUACGGAAGGAGAUGAUUGUUCACACUCGGUGACCAUUUAAAUAAUUACUCAGGAUGCCGGAUGAAGCUGGUUGUGGUGGUGGCGGUGGUCUGAAGGGGAGACUUCUAGCUGCCCCCGGCACGAGGAGGACACUGCUGGCGCUGCUGAUGCUGCUUGUUAUGUCACAUGCCACAGCCAAAGACUGCAGCUUUCCAUCGACCUACAGCGGAAGGUGGUUUCAGAUGGGCAAAGAGGGACCCAUCAUCGCCAACUCGACGCACUUGCUCGACAGGAGAUGUAUAGCUAGAAAAGGCAACGACACCUUCCUUACUUACGAUGAAAACACGGAAAAAUGCUACCGGUGUAUGAUAUUCACGGAGCGACACGAAAACGUCAUCCAGUACCGAGAAUCGUCCUACUGUUUGUCGUACGAGGUGGACCUGGACACGGCCUGCGGCGAGCUCGCCUCGGACGACAGCCUCUACUCGAUGUUCCGCAUCGACGCCAAGCCCAUCAGCUGCCCGUUCAGCGGCAUGCCGUUCAGCUUCAGCUACAACCGCGGCCACGGCGACUGCGAGGCCCUGGAGAACCAGGCCGAGAGCUGCACCGACGACAGCAAGCUGCUGCUCAAGUACCAGGCCUGCGCCGACAUCAAGGGCGCCGAGAGCAGCACCGAGGAGCUGCAGUGCCUGGCCACGUGGAAGGACGGCCGCAUCAUGUACCUGCUGGGCACUCUCAAAGUGCCCGGACGACCGCAGGUCUACGAGGACACCUACAGGUGCUUCCUGUACGAAAAGAUCCACCACGUCAACAGCAACAAGACUGAGUAUCUGAUAUCGCAGUCGGGCGAUCAAAGCUGCAACGGCCUCACUGCAGUCACCGAAGGGGCAAGGACUUUCCAUUUCAUCAAAGUGGACAAAGAGCACACCAAGUGCAAGUAUCCCUCGUGGGUGACGCAGCACCACGACUGGCAUCUGCUCGACGGAUCGCGCAGUUACCACUUCACCACUGGCAACUCUACCCUGAAGGUCACCUACCGCGACGAGUACGAUCGAGAAGAGAAAGUUAUUUGCCAUAAUCUUGAAAAAGUGCAAAGCGAUCAUCGAGGUACUGCCGUCAAACUCGUGGCUCAUGUUACUAGUGGAUGUGACACUGGCUACAUUUGCAUGAUCUUUCGCAAGCGAGAUGGACACGUCAUCGAGAUUCAGCAGUCCAAUCAAAAGAUGAUUAUGCCAUAUGAAGCUUGCACGCUCGAUGAUCCAUCAAAGCAGCCAUUUUCUACUUUAAUCACGUCGAAUUUACACAAGCGCUCUUGUCCACAACCAGGCCAUUAUACUGUUAUUGAUCUUCUCUCGACGCCUCAACUAAAACUUUCUCGACACCAUCGAAGUCUCGUUAAAAGACGGGCAUGGAACGGAGAGACUAACGAGGCUGGAUCACCGAACGACGACUGUCAAAACACUGACGUUCAAAUCGGCUGUACAUCUUCCGGACCUAACGAAAUGAUUAUUCAAGAGUCGUGCAAGAGGACUGACACGGUUUUAGCCUACUCGUGUCAUGGGAGCUGGGAGGAAAACGGCACAUGGUACACCAUCGUGUCGCGGAACAAGACUGGUCUGGAGAAAGAGACGCUGUGCGUCUCGAUGCGAGUGAGCGAAAGCACGAAGGAAUUACCGGGUAGAGUUGGCAGAGUGGAGCAACAGGAACUCUGGCUCUCGAGGCCACAGACUGUCUGUCAACGAAGCGUCUCCGCCGAUCAAUGGACUUACAAGCUCGCCAAUCAAGGUGUAUGCGAAGAUCUGAUGAAAGAGGCCUCCAGCUCGGCAGCAUCGUCUAGUCUGAUGAGGGUCUCGGUGGAGAUGUCAGUUGUUGUGACGCUGCUGUGCGGUAUCCUAUCAAGAUGAUAUGUGACUGGACAACAACAGCCAGCGUUACGCGCUUAAUGCGCUAUCGACCUACUCGUUCUUCCGCACUUUGCCUGCGUGCGACCGUCGAUUCUGUGUAUAAAUAUCAUUAUAUAUACGUGUAUAUUACUUUGUAUACAAUCGGAUGCGAAAUGUUGGUGGAACGAAGGUCAAAAAAUGGUACCUACAUUAAACGUGCAAAUAGGCAUGUCAGAAUAACAAACAUUUAAAAAAUCUAUCUUCAAUUUACCGACUGGAUUCACAUUAUUUUUUUUUGUAAAAUUUAUAAAACAAUUGAUUGAAUUGUAUUUGUGAAUGAAUACAAAUUACGAUAAUUAUUAUAGGCAUUAUAAUGCUUCGUAAUCAAAUUGUUUAAUUCAUUUUGCCUUUCUGAAGAGAAAAAAUCAGAAUAUUCAAAUUUCUCAUUGCAUAGUCAAAUUCGUAAUUAUAUUCAAUAUUAUGCAAUGACAUUGAUCAUAGAAAUGAAGGCAAAUCUAAAUACGACCAAGUUGCUGACGAGAGAAUACUGAAUAAUGUUUGAACUUACUGAAAAGCCUAGUUUGAAAUAUCAUGAAAAGUAUGUAAUAUAACCGCUUGUAAAUAAUAUUAGGGUGUGAAUGAGCUAUAAAACUUUCAGUUUAAACAUCGACUAAAAGUAGCACCAGUUACGGAUCGGUGACUUAUUUCACACUAUAAUAUUUGAUAGUGUAUUCUGUAACUAAAUGUAUACAUGCAUGUACAUGAUGAUUGAAAAAUUAUGUAGGUAUAAAAUUGUGAGGAAAUUGAUAUUACAGGUAAUAACGUUUAAUGAUUUUGGAUGUUUUUCUUCGAAGUUCUUUCAUCCUUAUUAUCAGAAGAGAAUCAUCUGAGUAUUUCAUUCUUUGUUUUAUUUCUUAUUAUUUAUGUAUGAUAUGUUUAUAAACUGAAAAAAUCUUUGACAAAUUGUCAUUGUAGAAAAUUACGAAAACCUUCUAACAAAUACAAAUGUAAAGUCUUCAAAAUUGUUUAAUACGGAUAUCAAAUAUAGGAUUGAAAUUAGCUAUUAAUACAAAUUCUAAUAAUAUUUAUUUAAUAUUAAAUUAUUGAUUUCUAUAAACUAUUAGACAAUAUGUAAAAAAAAUAAGUCCAUUUAUUAAAUCAAUCACGGAAUAAGAUGAUAAAUAGAUUAAGCGCGCACACACACGCGCUCACAUGCACGUGCACACACGUCAAUUCCAAACAAUUUUUUUAGUUUGUAUAUAACGAAUGUUGUUAAUGUUGAUAUGUGAAGUUUUUUUAACACAUUUUUAAUUUGCAGAUCAAUUUAAUGCUUUAAUUUUUAUAACAUUUAUUGCUUUCCGUCAAUCUUGUAGCUAAAAGAGUAUUAAUACAUACUAGGUGUCGGUAGCAACGAAUUAAUUAUAAAUGUAUAUAAAAAAUCGACAAGUAUCGAAUAUAAGAUAAUCGACAAGGUCUAAAAAUUGAAUGAGACGUUUUGUCGAUAUCUAAAUCAGUGGAUUUUCUGCAUUUGCGAUUGCGGACCACAUUCAUACUGCGUUUUCAAUAAAGGACAGUAGUUUAAGUGGAGAUGCAAAUGAAGGAUGUAAUUAUUUUUAGAUAAUGAGUUGUGGAGUGUUAGUAUAGUUGAGAGCUUGAUAAUUGCAAAAUACAAAAAUCUUACAAAAGUCAUUGUAAAAAGUUAAGAAAUGUAUAAAAUAAACUGAGUGAUAGCUAUUUCCAAUUGAUUAUCGCGAAAAAAAAUUAUUCUGUACAAGAA